AUGGAUAACUCGACGAAAUCGAAGCGUAAUCGUGCAGAGAAAAAAACCAAAGAACAGCAACAGCAAAAACAAAAAGAAUCAGAGGAUGAAAGCAUUAAUGAUCAUGAAAAUGUUUUUCAUGAAGAUUCUCAACAGGAAAAGAGAAUACCUGAACCAAAUAUAGCAACAAUCGUUCCUGUGACACAAGCAAUGUCUUCCAAUCCCAAUCGUUCAGGAUCUGUAGGUUCAUCUGUAGCUUCAACAAUAAAUAAUCCAAAUUCUUCGAAUUCAAAUAAAAACCAACAAAGUCAAAAAAUUAAACUUGCAGCACCAGAAGAAAAAUCAGGUUUAGAAGCGAACUCAAUCGGGGAUAUUGCAGAAAUCACUGAACGUGUUGCAAAUAUAACUAUUGAACAAAAUCCAAAAGGUCCACCAACUUUUAUCCAACCAAAACCUCAACAAACUCGUGCUGAACGUCGUGCUAUUCAAGAAGCCCACAGAGCUGCGAAACAAUCAAAACAGAAACCAAGUACAACUACUCAAAAACUCAAUGAACCGUCACAAGCUGCAGGAAAUGUAAAAAAAACAACUACUGAUCAUCUUUCUACAUCAACUUUGUCAACACAUUUAUCAACACCUCAUAGACUUCAAUCUGAAGCUGGCGAUUCAACACUAUCAGUUAUUUCAAAAUCAGCAAGACCAUCUACUAAUGCAACAGCUAUUGCUACUAUUGCCACUACUGCUCUACCUUCAAAUCAGUCUCAACAAAAUCAACAACAGAAAAGGUUUGAUGAUGGACGUGUGACACUUUUUGCUCAUCUUACAAUUUAUACACGUAAUCUUGAUCGUCUUGCAACAAAAUCUGAGUCAAAAUUAGUACAUCCAGCUAUUGUUAAGUUAGGUUUACAGUAUGCAACGAGACAAAUAGUUGGUUCCAAUUUACGAUGUGUAGCAUUUCUUUUUGCUAUUCAAAAAAUGCUUGAAGAUUAUGAAGGUCCACUAGGUUCCAAUAAUCUAUCUACACUUGAUCCUGUUGAUCUUAAUUCAAGAUUAAAAAUCAAUAUUAAUUUUCUUACAAAAUGUCGUCCAAAUGCUGUAACCAUGGGUACAGCUAUACGUUAUCUAAAAACUCAUAUUGAACGUAUACCACGCAAUAUAACUAAUGAAAAAGUUAAAGCAUUACUUAGUGAUGUUAUUAAAAGUUUCUUACGAGAAAAAAUUGAAUUAGCUGGUAUAGCUAUUGCUGAAACAUAUGCUAUUACAAAAAUCACCAAUGGAGAUGUUAUUCUCAUAUUUGGACAUUCUUCAUUAAUAAUGCGUAUUUUGGAAACAGCAAUUAAUCGUGGAAUUAAUUUUCGAGUCAUUAUUGUUGAUUCUCGUCCACAAGAACAUGGUCUUAAAUCUGCUCGUAGACUAUUGUCAUUGAAUGUGAAAUGUAGUUAUGUACUUAUUAAUGCAGUACCAUUUAUUAUUUCUGAGGUAACAAAAGUAUUGCUAGGUGCACAUGGUUUAUUAGGUAAUGGCUAUGUCAUGAGUCAAGUUGGUACAGCACAAAUAUCUCUUAUUGCUAAAACACAUAAUGUUCCUGUACUUGUCUGUUGCGAAACAUAUAAAUUUUGUGAACGUGUUCAAACUGAUAGUUUCGUUUUCAAUGAGCUUGGUGAUCCAAAUGAUUUAACUGUUAAUCAUUCAUUGCUUUACGAAGCUAUGCGAUCUUCAUCGUCAACAGCAGAAACUUCUAAUUCAUCAAAGUCAAACUUGAAUAUUCUUAAUAUGACAUAUGAUGUUACACCACCGACAUUUAUAAGCGCAGUUAUUACAGAAUUAGGAAUAUUACCUUGUACAUCAGUAGCGGUUGUCAUCCGUAUGCAGAAUAAACAACUUGAUGACAUAUGUGGGCAAGAGCAACAAUCCAUAGUGAAGACGACAACAGCAGUAACGACAACAUCAAAUAUUAAUAUGUUUGCUACUCAUUUAGAAACUGUUCAAUAA